ACAUUUUAAAGGGCUCCUAUACUUUGUCUGGGGGUUGGCUUUUUUUUUUUUUUUAAGUUUUGCUUCUUGAACGGAUGUUUCUAAACACAGAUGUCUUUUUUCUUACGACGAAUAUCUGCCUUUCUGCACGAAUAUUGGUUCUCUGUUCCUGAAAGUCAAUGAAAUAAACCAUGAAAGCUACUAUCAUCUUCCUCCUUCUUGUACCAGCAUGCUGGGCCAAACCAUUUCAAACGGGCUUAUUUGACUUUAUGCUAGAGGAUGAAGCCUCUGGGGAUGUUUCCACUGAACGUUUUCUUUCCCCAGAUCCAAUGGGGCCAAUAUGCCCCUUUCGUUGCCAGUGCCACCUUCGAGUUGUUCAGUGUUCUGAUUUGGGCCUGGAAUCAGUACCAAAAGAUCUCCCUCCAGACACAACUCUGCUGGAUUUGCAGAACAACAAAAUUACUGAAAUAAAGAUGGGAUUUUAGAACCUGAAGGAUCUGCAUGCUUUGAUUCUGGUUAACAACAAAAUCAGCAAAAUCAGUCCUGGAGCCUUCACUCCUCUGGUGAAACUGGAAAGGCUUUACUUGUCCAAGAAUCAGCUGAAGGAACUACCAAUUAAAAUGCCCAAGUCCCUCCAGGAGCUGCGUGCCCAUGAAAAUGAGAUCACCAAACUGAAGCCUGCCGUCUUUGAAGGACUCAAUCAGAUGAUUGUCAUAGAACUGGGCACCAACCCCCUCAAAAGUACAGGAAUCGAGAAGAGGACCUUUUCUGGAAUGAAGAAGCUCUCCUAUAUCCGAAUUUCAGACACUAAUAUAACUUCUAUCCCUCAAGAUCUCCCACCUUCUCUCACUGAACUCCAUCUUGAUGGCAACAAGAUCACAAAAGUAGACGUAAACAGUCUGAAAGGAUUGGCCAGCUUGACUAAAUUGGGUCUUAGUUUCAACAGCAUUUCUGCAGUAGAAAAUGGAUCUCUGGCCCACGCACCCCGCCUGAGAGAACUUCACUUGGACAACAACAAGCUCAUCAAAGUUCCUGGAGGCCUGGCAGAGCAUAAAUAUAUUCAGGUGGUCUACCUCCACAACAACAACAUUUCCAAUGUGGGAUCCAAUGACUUCUGUCCCCCAGGCUACAACACCAAAAAGGCCUCUUACUCAGGUGUGAGCCUUUUCAGCAACCCAGUACGAUACUGGGAAAUCCAGCCAUCGACCUUCCGAUGUGUCUAUGAACGCUCCGCCAUCCAGUUGGGGAACUAUAAAUAGAUCUGGAGAGAGAAUAUAAGCGAAAGAGGGGGUUCAGUUGUAUAACAACAAAAAAUAAUGUGGGAAAAGCCUGUUAGUGUAAAGCUAGAUACUGGAAACCUAAUUGUCAAGUGGGCUUUCCCUUGACAAUUCACUAUGCAUUUAGACCCAAUAUGCAGUUGAAAUAAUUGCCUACCAUGAUUUAAAAAAAAUAAUAAUAUUUUGCCUGCAAUUUUCAGUCUAUUUUCUGAAACAUCUUUGAGUUACUAUCAAUUUCCAUAAAUCAUUGUAUAUGAGAUUUAGAGUAGACAUUUGUCUAACAUUUGGUCAUUAAACUUUAACUUUUGAAAUCUUGGGAAUGGAUCAAGUUAAAAAAGGUCACUUUUAUUUGUUUAUUUGUUUUUCUUUUUUGUUAAUUCCAGAGGCAACCAUUUUCUUUGGCUUUAAUUCAAACCCUGGAGGUUUACUUAUUAAUAUCCACUAUCAUCUUUUAAGCAUCAUGUUGAAUGUAUCUAUUUACACAGGCUAUGUAAAAAGCACUAUCAUUGUUUUGGUAAAUAAAUACUCAUAAUGUAUUCAUAUAUACAUUUUUUUAUAAAAAAAAAUAAGUGUUGGUUUACAAACCUUCCCUGAACAGAAUCUUUUGAAGAAAGCACAACUCACUUUGGCUACAAAAAUAAUAAAUCAUUUCAAGUUCCAGGCA